GUGGAGGUGGAGGUGGGGGGGACGCGGGGCAGCGCAGGUUCCUGUCUGCGCUGGCUGCGGCCUGGCACUGAGAGGAGGGGCGGCCCCGGCCCCGGCCUCGGCGCAGGACUAUGGACCCGGCCGAGGCCGUGCUGCAGGAAAAGGCCCUCAAGUUCAUGCCCCGAAUACACAUGCCAAAAGAUGGAUUCCAACUUAUAUCUUCUGGAUACCAAGCAUGGCUAAAGCAGUGCUCUAUGCCCAGAUCUCUGUGGCUGGGCUGCUCCAGCCUGGCGGACAGCAUGCCCUCACUGCGAUGCCUGUAUAACCCAGGGACUGGCGCACUCCCAGCUUUCCAGAACUCCUCUGAGAGAGAAGACUGUAAUAGUGAUGAGCCCCCUAGGAAGAUCAUUCCCGAGAAGAAUUCACUUAGACAGACCUACAACAGCUGUGCCAGACUGUGCUUAAACCAGGAAACAGUAUGUCUAGGAAGCACUGCUAUGAAGACUGAAAAUUGUGUGGCCAAAACAAAACUUGCCAAUGGCACUUCCAGUAUGAUUGUGCCCAAGCAAAGAAAACUGUCUGCAAGCUAUGAGAAGGAGAAGGAACUCUGCGUCAAGUAUUUUGAACAGUGGUCUGAGUCUGACCAGGUGGAGUUUGUGGAGCACCUCAUCUCCCAGAUGUGUCACUACCAGCACGGACAUAUAAACUCAUACCUCAAACCUAUGUUACAGCGAGACUUCAUCACUGCACUGCCAGCUCGGGGAUUGGAUCACAUUGCUGAGAACAUUCUGUCAUACCUGGAUGCCAAAUCGUUGUGUGCUGCUGAGCUGGUGUGCAAGGAGUGGUACCGGGUGACAUCGGACGGCAUGCUGUGGAAGAAGCUCAUCGAGAGAAUGGUCAGGACAGACUCCCUGUGGAGGGGGUUGUCAGAGAGGAGAGGAUGGGGACAAUAUCUAUUUAAAAAUAAACCUCCCGAUGGGACUGCACCACCGAACUCCUUCUACAGAGCACUUUACCCCAAAAUUAUACAGGACAUAGAGACAAUAGAGUCAAACUGGCGGUGUGGAAGGCACAGUUUACAGAGAAUCCACUGCCGAAGUGAGACAAGCAAAGGCGUUUAUUGUUUACAGUAUGAUGAUCAGAAGAUAGUAAGUGGCCUACGAGAUAAUACUAUCAAGAUCUGGGAUAAGAAUACAUUGGAAUGCAAGCGAAUUCUCACCGGACACACAGGUUCUGUCCUGUGCCUCCAGUAUGAUGAACGGGUGAUUAUUACUGGAUCUUCGGACUCAACAGUCAGGGUGUGGGACGUAAAUGCAGGCGAGAUGCUGAAUACACUGAUUCACCACUGCGAAGCAGUACUACACCUCCGCUUCAAUAAUGGCAUGAUGGUGACAUGUUCCAAAGACCGUUCCAUUGCUGUGUGGGACAUGGCUUCACCAACAGACAUCACCCUGAGGAGGGUGCUAGUAGGGCACCGAGCUGCCGUCAACGUAGUGGACUUUGAUGACAAGUACAUUGUAUCAGCAUCAGGUGACAGAACUAUAAAGGUAUGGAACACUAGUACCUGCGAAUUUGUACGCACCUUAAAUGGCCACAAACGAGGCAUUGCAUGUCUGCAGUACAGAGACAGGCUAGUAGUGAGCGGCUCUUCAGAUAAUACUAUCAGGCUGUGGGAUAUCGAGUGUGGGGCAUGUUUACGAGUAUUGGAAGGCCAUGAAGAGUUGGUGAGAUGCAUACGCUUUGAUAACAAGAGGAUAGUCAGUGGGGCAUAUGAUGGGAAAAUUAAAGUAUGGGAUCUUGUGGCUGCUUUGGACCCCCGUGCUCCAGCAGGGACCCUCUGCUUGCGAACCCUUGUGGAGCAUUCUGGAAGAGUCUUUCGACUUCAGUUUGAUGAGUUCCAGAUCGUCAGCAGCUCACAUGAUGACACCAUCCUUAUCUGGGAUUUUCUGAACGAUCCAGCUGCCCAAGCAGAAUCCACUCGUUCCCCAUCCAGAACAUACACCUACAUCUCAAGAUAAAUAACACUACACUGUACCUCACACUCGCACAGGACUCAUUUAAGCUGCAGUAUUUAAAUUACCUGCCAAUGCCAGGACAAAAGAACUAUCCACGUAACCAAUACUUGCUGAAGAGAGAGGCUCUCAGACUUGUUUCUGGAACAAAGUUGGCAUGCGGUUGAUCUCGGACAGGGUCUACUCAGCGCGGCUGACUGCUAAAGUGCUGCUAUAUCAGAAGAUAACUUUUAUCUUUCAUGAACAGUUAACAUUUUUAAACCUUGCCAUCCCUUUCCUCCCUCAUCCCCCUCUUCCUGUUCACUCCUCUUCCCUUUACCCUAUUUGGUUCCCCUCCAAACCCAGUCACAGAUGUCCUAUGAAUAUAUUUAAGAUGUUGCCAGAAUGUGUUGCUUUGCUGUUAAGCAGAAGACUUAUAGCACAGUGCAUCCUGCUGAGAGAGUCAUUGCAAGGUGGGUGGGGAGGAGGCUGCUACUCUCAGACUGAAAUUAAUAUCCAUUGCUAGGCCUUUGAAAAAGCAUUCAGCUCUGAAGAGCAACAGAAACACUUAGAACAGCCAGACCAGGCCCCCCCAACUUCCCUGCGGCUUUUGGCUGUUUUGACUGCAGACCUAUUUUUUGUGGAGAGAGGACCCUUGAAAUUUGACUAUUACGAGCCAAAUCCAUCUCUUUCCUCUCCUGCCUGCUAUGCUAACCCUUUGGAAGCUGGAUGUGUAUCGUAGUCUCCCUUCACAUCUGCUUGGCUGGGGAAUGCUAGUCAAUGAAAAGUUAAACUCUCUUCUGCCAAAGUCCCAAGCAUGAUGGACUGGGGCUGAGAUCCCACCCACCCCUGCCCCAGGUAAAAUGUUGGCCCAGGGCAGUAUUUCACUAGCAAAGGGAUUGUCUGUACCAUCUUCCUCCUGCUGUUCUCCCUGAAGACAGUGUAUUGCUGAUGGCUUACAAAUCAUGCUGUAAAUUGGAGGAAGUAUGAGGCUAGGGUGAGGAGGAAAGCUGGACAUUGCUCCUUUCUUUCCAUUCCUUCUCCCCGGAGGCUGUAGCUGGGUGCUGAAAGAGGGAGCUGCUAAAAACCUUGCGGAGGUCUCAAGAUCGAGCCACCCUAGAGUGGAGACACUACACAAACACUCUGGCCGUGACAAUAAGACUUGCUCACAUGAAUGAGCAAAUGCACAGUCCCCUGGUGAUGGCAGAUAGAUAAAAUAAGUAUGGCCAUGAGUACAGUCAGUACAGUUAGCAGUGGCUCCAGGCUAGUUCUGCAGCAUUUCUGGGGCUGGCCUUGCUAGAAAGCCUUUGGAGGGAGAGCCUUUGGUGUGCUUCUCUAACCUAAGUGCAUGCUGCGUUGCAGUUUAGGGACACAGGCUGAUUAGUCCCUUUGCUGAUAGCUGAGCUGGAUCUUUGCUUUCUAGCUGAGCCUUUUGCAAAUUGCCAUUGUUUAGAAGAUAAAAAAAGCCCUAAAGAAGAGGGACAUGAGAGACAAUUCUGCAUGUCUCUGAACUAGACAGAGAGGUCUGGGGGAAAAUGGCUCUUUUUACAGAGCUGGAAGGAAUUGCAGCAGGCCUGCGUUUAGAUCAGAAAAGACUGUGUAAGUCAGUCCCUGGCCAUUCCAGGUUUGGGCCCAGAUCUUCCACUGUAGGUCUUGAAUAACCCCCGCUGCCUUAGUGGGGAGUGGCUCCGAUCCCACAGUAGGAAAUCGGGAUCCUUCGUCUCUGGACUGGGGGCUGGAGGAGUUUUAAACAGGCUUUGUUAGCACCUUCUAAACUUGGAAGUUCGUAGAUGGGAAAUUUUUUUAAGCUAUUCUCAUCAACUUCACUUUGCUGGGGAAGCAGUUGCAUUGUUUCUAAUUGCUUGGGAUGUGCUUUUUCCACCAAUGAAAUUUUGCAAGGAGCUAGGCCAAGAGUCCCCAAAGAGCAGUCCAGAGGGCUUAAAUCAUUUCGGUGACAGCUAAGACAGACAAGAAGGUGAUGGAGUUAUGGAGGAAGGGAAAGCUGGUGCUUGGGGAGUACCUAGUACAGUUCCUGAAGCACAUGGGCAGCAGUGUUGAGCACUCAGCUCCCUGUAUUUUCCUUGAGCCUAGAAACUACAUUAGUUCUAAAGAGCAUCUCAGAGCACAUGGUGACACUCCUGUUUUCUGUUUGAACUAUUACUGUAAAAGAGUCAAACAGUUCAACAACUGAGCUCUGUUCAGGUGACACUGACAGUGUGACUUACGUCUGCAGAGUCAUAAAAGUUCCAAGUCACAAUGAUAAGUUCAUCCACAACUAAUUUUGGCACUACUUUUAAGUCUAGGAAGGCUGUUUUGGAUUUCAGGCAGCUCUACAUAUCAGGCAUACUGCAGUCCCAAAGCCAAAAUGGCAAGGGAGCAGAGAGAAUCAAAGUUUACAUCCCAAACUUUGCUGAAUUGAAGUUCCGAGUCUUAUUCUUACUGUUAUUUGAACACUGUUCCUCUAAGUUCAGUUAUUACAAGAUCUGCAGUGUGGUUGCAUAUCAGCAGGUGUUUAUAUGACCUUGGCUGCAGAUUUAAUAGUUAUUUUCCUCAGUUUGGUCAUCCUCUUGUCUUUUACAUUUAGGUUAUUGUAGAAAACAAUGAUCUGUUACUCCAGCCUCUGAAGGCUGCAGAACUUCCUAAUAUUUUAAUUGCAUCUUUGUGGCCAACACCUACAAGGAUGCAUUUUAUUUUGCUACUUGAGAGAAUUUGGGAGAACUGGAAGACUGGCUGGCCAAACACAGAGACAACACCAUUGCAGAUUGUCCUUGGUUGUCAUAGCCCUGCUGCUCCAUGCUGCUAUUCUGUAACUUCUAAGCACUGUUGGGUCUUCAAGUGGUACCAUAGUUUGAACUCUGCUAUAUAGAGCUGUUUAAGGUACAGUUAGUGAGCAACAGCUGAAAUCCAUUUUUGGCACACGGUAAGAACAGUGUCUUACCCUCAAGAAAGGACUGUGUCUGGGUACUUCAUACAGAACCGCAGAAGGGCAAGCAUUCCUACCCCACUCCCUGAGUUGUACAAAUUUUCUCAUAGCUAAGAAGGAAACUGAAGUUAACUGAUCUAACUUGAACUUGAAACUGCCACAGCCUGACAUUUGGUGGUGUUUAUUGUG